AUGGAGGCCUUUAUCGAGGCCAAACUCCACUGCAUUGAGAAGUAUAAGGCCUCAGCAAACUUCAAGGAGGAGCUCGUCAAUGCCUCCACUGCUGCCUUCAUCCAGGCCUUCAAUAGUUGUAAGCCCCGCUUGAGGCGCAUGGUGCCAAAGUUGGAUCUCAGGCACCUCUGCCCUGGCAAUAGUGAUGAGGAGUCUACCGCCAACCCCCUUCUUUCCUCUAUCAAUGCCUACUUAGAAGCUCAUGCCGUCGCCGGCAACCUCUCCACGGCCCUCACCACCCACCUAUGCGUCCACCUCCUGGACCUCCUCGCCCGCGCCAACACCCACCUCACCACCGACGACCUCUACCUCGCCCUCCGCAUCGUCGAUGCCAUCGAGCGUGACUUCCUCGAUGCCUCCCCCCAUCCCACCAUUCAUCGUAUGCUCCUCCAGCUCAUCCCUACCGUCCAUGCCCAUGCUGGGUGCAAGAUCUCCAAGGAGUUCUUCGAUUGGAUGGUCCAGAUCCACAUUGCCAACCACCACCUCGGCUAG